UGCUGCUUAUUUUUCGCUGCAGCGAAAAGCACUUCUUAUCCCUCGUCGCACAUUUCUCUCUGUCUCUCUAAUGGCGGCUUCUUCUUCCUCCUUCCUCACCGCCGCUACAAAACCCUUAUCCCAGUCCUUUCAAACCCUAGCUUCUCCCCCGUCCUCUCUCUCCUCUCCUCGCUCUCUCCCCGUUCCUCGCCGCCGCAGCGCCCUUCGCGUCGCCGCACGAAAAUGGGAGCCCUCGAAGGUGGUUCCUCAAGCCGAUAGAGUGCUUGUUCGACUCGAGCAGCUUCCGGAGAAAUCUUCUGGUGGAGUUCUGUUGCCGAAAUCUGCUGUUAAAUUUGAGCGGUACCUGAUGGGCGAGAUUCUCUCAGUGGGUGCUGAUGUAGGUCAAGUGGAAGCUGGAAAGAAGGUUUUAUUUUCAGAUAUCAACGCAUAUGAGGUAUGUAUUCUGAGAACAGAAAAGGAAUUACUAUAAAUUGGCUUUGCUUCCUAAUGCAGUAUCAACCCAUCUGAACAAUCUAGAAAUGUAUCUGUGUUCUGAUGAAGCUAUUAUAGU